UUAUGAUGUUUAUUUAUUAAAUUUAGUAUAUAUUCAUAUGUUUUGCUUUAGAAAUUAAUGUUUGAUUGUGGAAUGCUGCUCCAAAUUUUGAUGGGGAUGUUACAUCAUGUAUGGGACUGUAGAACUGUUCUUAAAACCAGAAAAAUUUUGAAUUCUGAAGGACGUCUGACCUCGGAGUCUUCAAGAAGAAAAUGCGUUCCUCUGUUAGCAAUGAAGAGAUGGAAAUGAUACACUAUGGGAUCUAAAUUGGAUAAGGAAAAGGGGAGAAUAGGAAGGCAAUCUGUUGGGAAAAAAAGAUGCUUAAAGAAAUAGAUGACUUGGAAGAACUGAUAUACCAAGGGUGUAAUGAGAAAACUGGGACUAUGAAAAGUGCUAAGUAACUAAAAUGUAUGCAAUUUCCCAAGGGAGACAGUUCUGAAUGGUUAUGAAGUCCAGGGUGUGACCACAGGAGUGGGCAGCUGAGUUGUAAUAGAAUAGGUCAUUAGAGAUGAGGUCAAGCAACUGAGAGGAGAGAAAAUUGGAUGAAUAACCCAGAGUAAUCAGCAAGAUUUGGGGUGCGAUGGAACUUACAAGCCAAGCCCUUCAACUCUUCCCUGGACCCUGAUCUCUUUAAGAAACAGACAAGUGAAGUGAUAAGGAAUUAUGCAUCAUGUUCACAACCAUGAAUGAACCGCAGUGUUUCUACAAUGAAUCCAUCGCCUUCUUUUACAACCGGAGUGGAAAGUAUCUUGCCACAGAAUGGAACACAGUCAGCAAGCUGGUUAUGGGACUCGGAAUCACCGUCUGUAUCUUCAUCAUGUUGGCCAAUCUACUGGUCAUGGUGGCCAUCUAUGUCAACCGCCGCUUCCAUUUUCCUAUUUAUUACUUAAUGGCUAAUCUGGCUGCUGCGGACUUCUUUGCUGGGUUGGCCUACUUCUACCUAAUGUUCAAUACGGGACCCAAUACUCGGAGACUGACAGUCAGCACGUGGCUCCUCCGUCAGGGCCUCAUCGACACCAGCCUGACGGCGUCUGUGGCCAACUUGCUGGCCAUUGCGAUCGAGAGGCACAUCACGGUUUUCCGCAUGCAGCUUCACACACGCAUGAGCAACCGGCGCGUGGUGGUGGUGAUCGUGGUCAUCUGGACCAUGGCCAUCGUCAUGGGCGCUAUCCCCAGCGUGGGCUGGAACUGCAUCUGUGACAUUGAGCAUUGUUCCAACAUGGCGCCCCUCUACAGUGACUCUUACUUAGUCUUCUGGGCCAUUUUCAACUUGGUGACCUUUGUCGUAAUGGUGGUCCUCUAUGCUCAUAUCUUUGGCUAUGUCCGCCAGAGGACUAUGAGGAUGUCUCGGCAUAGUUCUGGACCCCGGCGGAAUCGGGACACCAUGCUGAGUCUGCUGAAGACUGUGGUCAUAGUACUCGGUGCCUUUAUCAUCUGCUGGACCCCUGGAUUGGUCUUGUUACUUCUUGACGUGUGCUGUCCACAGUGUGAUGUUCUGGCUUACGAGAAGUUUUUCCUUCUGCUUGCCGAGUUCAACUCUGCCAUGAACCCCAUCAUCUACUCCUACCGGGACAAGGAGAUGAGUGCCACCUUCAGACAGAUCCUCUGCUGCCAGCGCACUGAGAACACCAGUGGCCCCACAGAAGGCUCAGACCGCUCAGCUUCCUCGCUCAACCACACCAUCUUGGCUGGAGUUCACAGCAAUGACCACUCUGUGGUUUAGAAAGGAAACUAAGAUGAGAAGCCAGCCGUCAUUGAUUGAGGGAUGAGCAGACACCCCCUACCUAAAUGCCAGGGCCAGGUGGGGUGUGAGAAGAGGAAAAAUAAACUUUUGUACUCAAACACUAACCCAUGGCAGUAUUUGUUCCUAGACCCACAAGACUUGAUAUAUAUUGAGAAUUAGCUUAUGUGACAACCGUCAUCCUAAUCCCCAUUCCUUUUGAAAGUACAAAGUGGAGAUCUUGCAAUGGAAUUCCUAAACAGACUCUGGAGUGUCCAUUUAGGCUACACUAACUAGACUUCAGAAGAUGUGUGGUUUGGUGCAAGUCAGAAUAAAUUCUGACUAAUUGAAUCCACAAGUCCAUUUACAUACAGGCUUCCCUUUUUUACUUUUAAAGGAUACAUUUCAUUUAAUAAACAUGUUUAUACCUAUCAGCAUGCUUGUGAUGGUUAAGACUAUAGACUGUUUUUAAACUACCGUAACUCCCAUUUUUUUCCUUAUGUAGGAAAACUGUAAAUUAGAAUUAUUUUAGAAAGCAUACAUAUAAGGUAUGUAUGCAGUAGGCCUUACUUAAAAAAGAUAAAAAGGUGUUAAUUUUAAAUCUUCUAAGAAAUAGAACCCAGAUGUCAAAGCCAGUAUUUGUUUAGGUUAUGAAACAACCAAUCCCCUCAUCACAAUAUUACCUUUUUAUUAAAGUGUUGUAAUACAUAUAAAACAAACAGGGUAUAAGUUUAUUUCCAAAAGAAUAUAUAUACUUAAAAAGUCAUAGAAGAUGAAGCACAGAAAUAUUGUCCCCACAUAUUUAUAAAUGUAUAACAACAAGUACAUUCUAAUUAUCAGUGCAUCAGAGGAAUUUUUAACAGCCUGUAUUUUCCUGUAUUAUAAAAUAAUACACAGUUACUGUAGAAAACUUGAGAAAGCAGAAGUACGUAAAAGAGAAAAAAUACUGAUAAUAUCACAACCCAGUAAUAACCAUCAUUAACAACUUUAUCCCCUGUGUAUACCUCUAUGUAUGAUAUACCUUUUGAUAUAAUUGGGAUCAUGCUGUAAACACUUUUAUAACCAUUUUUUCCCCCACUGCAGUAUUGCCACAUUUUCCUACGGCAUUAAAAAUUUUACAAAAACAUCAUUUUAAUGACUGUAUAAUAUUCCACUUAAUGGGCACAACUCUUAUUUAACCAUUCCCAUAUUGUUGACUACUUACAUUAUUUCUAAUUUUCACUACUAUAAAUAAUGUGAAAAUUUGUGUACAUAAAAUUUUGUCCAUAUAAUUGAUUAUUUACUUAGGACUUAUUCCCAAGAAGGAUUUUUAAAAAAAUGUGAAAUGUCUUUUUAUGUUCUCUUAUAAAAAGGAUUUCCUGCUUUGCACCACAUGGGUGGCAACUGUGAGGAAAGACAGUUAAAUUACCUUUUUACAAAGGAAAUGCAGUAGUUACUUUAGUUGAGAGUGACCUAGAACGUCAACUGUUACAAAUUCGAGGAUGCCCUAGUUAAUAUCUCUAGCAAUUCCAAAAUUUCUUUGAGGGGCCCAUUAUCCAGCUCUUGGUAACCACAGCUGUAGUGUAGAAUUGAAGAAAAUGCAAAGACUCAAACAUGAAAAGUGAAUAAAGGAUCUUCUUAUUAAAUAGCUGGGAACCUUUCUGUACUAAUGGGUUGAGGGUGUCAGUAUGUGAUGUGACUGGAUACUGUGCAUUCUGUAGGAAUCACCCCCAAUAAGCUGCCCCCCUAUUAGGUGAUAACCUGUUUAAUGCAUUGUCCAGGUGAACUAGCAAUUGCACCAGUUUGUUAUAAGCAGUAAGUCAUGGUCAUGAAGCAGUUGUGGGAAAGUCAGGAGUGUGUUUAAGAGAAAGAUGUCCAGAAGAAUUGUCUAGGAAGGAGGCAGCUAGAGCAUGGUCAGCCUUUAAGAAGAGGGCAGACCUGCAAAGUGCCCAUGCCCACAGUGAAAACAAUGUGGGGAACCAGUUAGCAGAAAGGUGUUUGCACACAAUUUAUACAAAAUACAGAACAUUUUAUCUUGGAAGUAAAAGAAAUGGACUUGAACUUUUCCUCAUGUGCAUAUAUUCUGAAGGAGAUGUGGACUAUUUGAAAUUAAGAGCAUACUAAUUGGGCCUUAAUAAAUCGUUCUCAAUCAGUGUUUGGUAGCGUGUGGUUCUGGUCAGUGCUGCUGCUCUUGUUCAGGAACUUCCAGCUUGUAUGGCGUGGUGCAUUCCUUCUGCAACCUGCUUUAUUUCCCUGCCCCAAGGGCUUCUGAACUCUGAGGUGAAGCCACCAAUAUGUUUCCUCAGGUCAGAACUCCUUUUUUUUCCAGUUCAGUAUUAAGUCUUUCUAGUGUCCAAGGAUGAUGGUUUAUGUUGCAUGAAAGCGGGAACAUCUUGGGACAAUACCUUACUUCAAUGGUAUAGCUGUUAGAGUUUCUUUUGGAAGAAUUCUGAUUUUAUAAAAACUUUAUGACAACUUCAUGAAAAACCCUCACUAGGAGUUUACAAAGUGACUGUGAUCUUCAUGCUGAUUGAUUUAAUAACUAAUAAAAGUGACAGAUCCCUUCCAAUUAUAUGCUGAUUCUAUUCUUUUCAGUAUAUUGCUAAUAUGUUGGGGAAAGAUAACACAAUGUUUGUUCAAGUGAAUAUGUCAUUGAGUAUUUGAAAGAGGAUUCCAAACCUUUCAGUUUAGGUGGAUGUAAGAUUGUAGAAAUUAAAUGUCGUAGAACUCUUCUUCACAAAUUAGCCACCUCUUAGUAUUCCCUUUUUAUAAAUUAGUGAAGCCCUAAUUUCCUAGACUCAGAAUGUCAGCUGAUAUCAUACAGUUACUAUUACCAGGCUUCCAGUUAACUGUUGCUUUAGAUCCCAUCAUUCAUCUUCCUUCUAAUGUAGUCCAUUAGUCUCUUAACUUUUGCAGUGUCAUUUUCUGAUAUUGUUUCUAGCUCUUCUUCUUAAACCCAGUGUGUGGUUUCUACUAGAUGAAAACUGUAGAAACACGUCAUGAGGCAGGUGUGGGAAACGUAGGUUAUUUCUAAUUUUCACUAUUAUAAAUAAUGUAAAAAUUUUAUGUAUACAAAACUUUGUCCAUGUAAUUGAUCAUUUACUUAGGACUCAUUCCCAUGUUGAGACCUUUUGAAAAAAAUUAUUUUUUUUAACAGCAAGUGAGCUUCCCCUGACUCCAAACCCUCAGAAGAAUUGGGGUUGUUUUGUGUGUUGGGCUGGGCCUGGAUUAGGCACCGUCUGACCAAGAAUAUGUGUAACUAAGAGCCAAAAUGGGUCAUCAGUCUUCCAAAGUGGGGUCUGUUUAUUCUGUAACAUUCCCCUGUACCUUGUAUAGUCUAUAUAUAAAAUUCUCUAAUUCUUUCCUGGAAUUUAUGAUGCUCAUAUUCACAGAGUAUUUACUAAUGAUCUGUUUAAUGAUGUGGCAUGUAUAGACCAUUUUAAACCCUAAACCAGAGGUUGGCAAACUAAGACCCAUUGGCCAAAUCUCUAUGACUUGUUUGCUAAGGAUGGGUUUUACAUUUUUAAAUGACUGGGGUGGGGAGAAGGGGGGAGAAUUGGAAUAUUUUGCAACUCAUGGAAAGUAUAUGAAAUUCAAAUUUCAGUGUCCAUAAAUAAAGCUUUAUUGGAACACAUCCACACUCAGUUACUGUAUUGUUUCUGGCUGUUUUUGUACUACAGUAGCAGAACUGAAUAUUUGCAACAGACACUGUAUCUCAAAGCCCAACAUAUUCACUAUCUGCCCCUUACAGAAGAGGUGUGCCAACCCCUGAUUUAGAGAAUUCUAUGUUCAAUCAUGCUAUCCUCAUUGGACCAUGUUCAUUGGAAGAGGAAAGAGAAAUUGAGUACACCAUGAUCUCUUGAGCUGUAGACUCCAGGAAAAAAUAUCAGUUGCAUUUUUUAUACUACACAUAAUUUUUAUUUUGAAAUAAUCUCAAACUGGGAGAAAAGUUUGCCAAAUUUACAGGACAUUUUUCCUGAACAUUUGUAUGUUGUCAACAUGACACCCCAUCAUCCUUGAAUACUGUGUAAUUCCUACAGACAAAGAUAGUCCCUUUCAUAAACUCAAUACACCCAUCAAAAUCAGGAAAUUAACACUGAUACAUAAACUAUUAUUUAAUUCAAAGCCCCAUUCCAGUUUCACCGAUCUUUCCAAUAAUGUCCCUUAUAGCAAAGUAAAUUAAGGAUCACUGGUUGUAUUUAGUUAUCAGAUCUCUUGAAUCUUCAGUGGUGAACAGUGUCUUGGUCUUUUCUUGACCUGCAUGAUCUUGUUAUUUACAGGUCGCAGGCCAGUCGUGUUGUAGAAUUUGGUUUGUCCAAUAUUUAUGAUUGGAUUCAUAUUAUUUAUCUUUAAAUAACAUAGAAGUGCUACUGUGGUUCUCACUGUAUCACGUAGCACAUGGCAUUGAUCUGUUCUAUUACUGGGUGAUGUUGAUUUUGACAACUUGAUUAAUGUUUCUUCACUAUGAAGAAAAUUACUCUUUUUUGUUUCCUCCUUGGCAAUAAGCAUUUUGUAGGAAAUAAUUCUGUUCCUCAUUAAAUUUUAGCACCUAGUCUUAACACCCGCUGAUAUUUCUUGAAUGAAUUAAUCAUUACUCUGCUGGUUGCCAAAUGAUGAAUUUCUAAUUCUCUUUUCUCUUCAAAAAGUUUGUUAGCUUCCUACUGUAGGAAAAAGUUCUGUCCUUUCCCAUUAAUUUAUUUGUUUAUUUAUACCAGUAUGGGUUCAUGGAUCCAGAUUUUAUUCAGUUAGUUGUAACGUUGCAAUCAUUUUUAAAUUACAGUUUCUUUUUGAGAUAAUUGUAAACUCAUAUGCAGUUGUAAGAAAUAAUAUGGAGAUCCCUAUGCCCCUUACCCAGUUUCCCCCAGGGGUGAUAUCUUGCAAAACCAUGGUGUAACCAGGAUAUUGACAAUUGAUACAGGAGGCAAGGUAUAGAGCAGUUUUAUUACAAUGAUCCCUCUGUUAUACUGUUAAUAGCCAAACUCAUCUCCCUUACCGCCAUCCUGAGCCCUAGCAACCACUACUGGUCUGUUCUCCAUUUCUUCAGUUACAUUUUAACAAUUUUUUUCAUACUGAAACUCCUAAAACUUCUUUAUAACUGGUUUCAAGGUAUGGGGCUGACAGUUCUCUAGGGGUUAUGUGUGUGUGUGUAGUCUAGAGAGAGAUUUCUGUGAUUCUAAAAGCUACACAAACUUAAUAAAUGCUCCAAGGAAUACAGAAAUUAGUAAAGUAGAAAGUAAAAAUCUCUCCUGUAGGGUGGAAGCUAGACCACAGAUAUCUGCUGUAUAUAUUACCUGGUAAACAUGGACAUUUUCAAAGUGAUUUUACACUUCUCUGUUGUUGAAUUUUCAAUGUCUUCCCUUUGGCAGCAAAGGAGCCAGAAUUCGUCUUGUUUUGUAUUAAAAUGGUAAUUGGUUCUCAUCUUACCUCUUGCAUCUUUCAGGAGAGGAAUCUUAUUUUACACUGUAUGCUUCACCUCACAUAACACAGUGCUAAACAGUAUUUUAAACUUGCUUGGUUAAAUGAAGUAAAAUGUGUGAGCCACAAUAAAGGCAUUUUGACCAAGAAAUGCUCCAUGGUUCUACAACCCUGAUGAAGUUUUUCUUCACACUUUAGAAUAUUGCAGUUAAAAUUAGGUAGGAAUAAUGAAAAAACAAGAUCAAGGCCUUUGACAUCAUGUUUUGUCAAUAUUAGUUUGUGUUUUCUGAGUGUGUCUUCUUUAACUUAUUUCAGCAUGCUUUGGAAAGAUUUUUUAUUACUGUAGGUUGAAUUUGUGGUGUGAUGUACAGCUUCCAGAAGACAUUAAUGUAAUUUGUAUUUUGAUCUUUGCAAUGACCCUAUUGAAACUGUGUAUCAGAAAAAAUUGGGGGCCUAAUAUUUGUUGCAGAAUUAUUUGAAUCUAAUUACAUAGUCUUUAUAUUGUAAUCCAUAACUCCUCAUGUAUUUAUCUUGACUCCAUAAACAAAUUAUGAUUUUAAUCCCUUAAAGAACUUAGCACAUGCAGUAGAAUUAAUAGAAGAUAACAUGAAGUCAGGAACAGGUGUAUGAAUUGUUCUCUGGGUGCUCGUGUUACAGGUAUGCCUAUAUCUCAAGCUAGAUUAUAAAUUCUUUGAGAAUGAGAUGAUCUUGUACUCUUGCUUCCGUUUUAUGAUCCAGAUGACUGGGACAAAACUAAAAAUAUGGUGCCAUUUACUUAAUGUUUCCUGAUUGAGAACUAGAAAACCAUAACUCAGUGUGAUAAUUGUUAUCACUAUCUCAUUAUUUAUUGAUUCACAAGUACCUUUUAAGAGCCUUCUAUAAAUGAGGCCCAAGUGGUAACUGCUGUGAAUGAUAUUAUGCAAGUUCUUAAAUGGAGCUUAGAAUUUGGUAGCAGUGAUGGGAGAAAAUGGGGAGAAAUGAAUCAGUUAAGAUUACAAAUUGUAUUGAGUUACAAGGGAAACUAUGGCAUGACAUAGAAAUUAAAGGAAAUAAAAGGACUAAAGAAGGUGAGGAGAGGAACUACCUUUCAAAGGGUAGUUUAGGGAGGUUCCAUCUUUGGAUAGGAACUGCCUUUUCAAAACCUGCACCUUGGGCCUGAACUGCACAAAUGUGUGGUUCCAUCAAGCUCUUGAGCUUGCAUGCACUCUGGUAACCAGUACAUCAAACAACCAUUUGGAAAAAUGGCCAUACAUCUAGCAAAGGUAGGUAGGAGUUCCCAGCAAGAUGUGUAAAUACUUGGUGAGAGAAUGCAUGUCAUUUGGAGAGAAGAGCAAGUAUAGCUUGUGAGGCAGAGGCUUAAUAGGCAGGCUGGCAUGAUGUCUUAAGUGAUUUUGAAUCAUUUUAUUCUGAAAAUUGUGGAGAGUGGGUUAAGCAUUUAAGUAAAGGAGUGGCGCUGUCUGGUUUUCAUUUCAGAAUAAAAGUAAAGGGAGCCCGGAGGUAAAGAACAAGAUUAGAGGCUGUCACAUUAAUGAUGAAAGACAAAGUAAUGGAGGUGCAGAGAAAGAGAAGAAUGGAUCUGAGAGGGGUGUGGGACCUGGUGACUGUGGGGGUAAGGUCAUAACCCUAUGAUGUUGGCCACUGGAUGAAUGGGGAUGUGAUAUGGUGAGAUAACAGAAUGAGGACUAAGUUUACAGGGAAAAGACUGAAUAAAGUUUCAGGAAUCUAUGAGCCAUCCAAGGAGAAUGAGACACUAGGGAAUGGGCUAUGUGAUACAUGAAGUUCAGGAUACAUCUCUGGACUGAAGAUCCAGAUUUUGGAGUUUGAUUUCUCUUACGAUAUCCUGCCACAUUUCUCAAGACAGGAAGCCUGGAGACUUUGAUCUGUUUGAAUAGAAAGAAAAGGAAGGACAUGGAGAAAUAAAAAAGCAGAACUUAAUAUCUGAAAAUGUUUUCCAGAAAUAUGUAGAGAUGUCUCUUUUUAACAAAAUGAGGUUAACCAUAUUUAACAUUUGUUGUUGUUUUAAUUUGGUAAUAUAGCCAAGGUUGAUACAUGCAUAUCUACCUCACUGUGUAAUUGAGGUAGAGAUUUUUAGAGAUCAUCUAUAUCUUAUUUCCCCUUCCUUCCUGGGAUUUUGGAAACUACAAUUCUGUUAGUUGACUCCAUGUGACUAGUUAUGACCAGUGGAUAUGACAAGUGUGAUUUCUAGGCUGAGGAAAUAAAAAGUCCCUGGGCUGCUCUCCAGAACUUAUUUUUUCCUGAAAGCCAAGCACAGAAAUGUGAACAUUGAGGAGAGCAAAGAACCCAUCAGCCUGGGACCUUUAGUGUAGAGUAAAAUCCCUGCCAACUAACCAUCCCAAACUGAAUGUAUAGCAUGACCAAGAAAUAAACAUUUUCUGUGUUUA